CACACACACGCACACACAUGCACACACACACAUACUAUAUACACAUCCUACAUAAUUUGUCAUCACAACUCGCUGUCUUCCUUUCCCCCUUUCCCCUCUCUCUCUCUCUCUCUCUCUCUCUUUCUUUCUUUCUUUUUCCUCCUUCCGUUCUUCAACAAUUCUCCUCAUCCCGCCACCCCCGUACCCCGGCCCAACCAUCGUUCGUCCAUUCCCCGCCAAAACAAAAAAAGAGAGAGAGAAAAAAAAAACAAUACAUAUACAUAUAUAUAUUUAUAUAUAUAAAUAUACAGAAAUAAAAAAAAACAAAAAACAAAACAAAAAGCCGUGACAAUGGUGCAACUUUCGCGGACCUUCGGCAUAACCUGGUCGUUGCUCUGGACCCUUUUAGUAGGGGUCACGGCCAGUCCCAAUGCCAUGAGAGUGUACAAUUACAUAAUGAACACUAAGGACUACAACAGGUUGGUCAGACCGUCCGGAGACAACGCUAUAUUGCUUGUCCGGUUAGGACUUCGGAUAUCGCAGCUAAUUCGAGUUGAUGCCAAAAAUCAAGUAAUGACCACAAGUGUUUGGUUAAAGCACGAAUGGUUCGACAAAAGACUAUCAUGGGAUCCCAAAGAAUUUGGAAAUGUCAAACACAUCAAAAUCCCAUCAGACUCUCUCUGGAGGCCUGAUAUUGUUCUCUAUAAUAAUGCAGAUGGUGACUUUGUCAUAACGAUGACAGCAACGAAGGCCACAGUAUAUUUCAACGGCAAAAUCUCUUGGGAACCUCCAGCAAUUUAUAAAACAUACUGUCCAAUUGAUGUUGAAUACUUCCCAUUUGAUAUCCAGAAAUGUAUGAUGCGAUUCGGUUCCUGGACCUACAAUGGUCUGGAAGUUGAUUUAGUCCACAUCUGUCACGAACAAGGGACAAACAAAUCAAACGGAGAUAUUGUCAAUUACAUGGGAAUCGACUUAAAAGGUUACCAGCAGAACGUUGAAUGGGACAUACUCGACGUUUACGCUGUUAGGAAAAUCGCGUCUUAUCCAUGUUGUCCUGAAUCUUAUAUUGAUAUCAGAUUCAACCUGUUACUUAGAAGAAAACCGUUAUUCUACACACUGAAUCUAAUUGCUCCUUGUGUUUCGAUUUCACUAUUAACAGUGCUUGUGUUUUAUCUCCCGUCAGUUAGCGGUGAGAAAAUCACAUUGUCCAUUUCUGUUUUACUAGCACUUUCUGUGUUCUUUUUGCUUCUAGCUGAUAUAAUUCCACCCACUUCUCUUGUCAUCCCACUCAUUGGCAAGUAUUUAAUGUUCACCAUGUUUAUGGUGACAGCUUCUUUAUUUUUGACUGUUUACGUACUUAACAUUAAUUACCGCAAACCGACCACUCACUCUAUGUCGAACUGGGUACGUUAUUAUUUACUCGAAAAACUCCCUCCUUACCUCUGGAUGAAACGGCCGGACAUCAACGACCGACCUCUCGUUGAAAUUGGUAAAGUGGCUGUAAGAACAAUGAACGGAAUGGAAGUUCGCGAACUGACAUUAGAUUCCAAUACUUCAACGUUAUUAAGAAGCGACGUACAUACGUACGAAAACAUGCGCAAUCGACAUCCGACCGAAGAACUGGAACCAUCCGGUUGCCAAGUGGAAAAACCAGUUCAUUAUGGCUCCAGUAAAGACGUAAAAGUCGUCAAAGAUAUUAUAGAUAACAUCAAAUAUAUUGCAAACCAUAUGAAGGAAUCAAACGAAGAUGAACAGGUUGUACGUGAUUGGGCCUAUGUAGCGAUGGUCGUUGAUCGAGUACUUCUCUAUUUAUUUAGCCUAGCAGUCACGGUUGGCACAAUAGGUUGUUUCUUGUCAGCCCCAGCUCAUUACGACACAAAGGUGACUUUACAACCCAUAGACUUCGAGAACACCAGUUGUAACUAUUAACUACACGUGAUACUAAACUUCAAAGAUUUAUCUUUUUCCUUUAAAAGAAAGAGAACAAUAAAUAAAUAAAUAAAUAAAAAGGAAAUAAAAAAAACAACAACAAAGACUUGCGUUAGCAAAAUGGCGAAUGUAAAUUCUCAUCGAAAAUCUUGAUCUUAUUUUCUUUGGAUUAUUAUUCCGCAGCUAAAUAAACUUCAGACAAGUAAAGAAAAAAAGAAGAAAGAAAGAAAGAAGACGAUGAAGACGACGAUGAAGAAGAAGAAGAAGAACAACAACAAAACCUUGAAAUUUUUUUAUGUGUAUGAAGUUCCGCAGAGACAGAUUGCCGUCAGCUAUAAUAUUUUAUUGGCAGCUGUGAAGAUUAUCAUUUUGGGGGCAAAAUCUGUGAUUUUAUUGUUGCUAGUUGAUAAAUUAAAAUAUUUUCUUUUUC